AGGCUUUUUUCUGCCUGAGAUUUCUGGUUCUCUCUUUUCACUAUGGCUCGCACCAAGCAGACGGCCCGCAAGUCCACCGGCGGCAAGGCCCCGCGCAAGCAGCUGGCCACCAAGGCCGCCCGCAAGAGCGCCCCGGCCACCGGCGGCGUGAAGAAGCCGCACCGCUACCGGCCCGGCACCGUGGCGCUGCGCGAGAUCCGGCGCUACCAGAAGUCGACCGAGCUGCUGAUCCGCAAGCUGCCGUUCCAGCGCCUGGUGCGCGAGAUCGCGCAGGACUUCAAGACCGACCUGCGCUUCCAGAGCUCGGCCGUGAUGGCGCUGCAGGAGGCCUGCGAGGCCUACCUGGUGGGUCUGUUCGAGGACACCAACCUGUGCGCCAUCCACGCCAAGCGGGUCACCAUCAUGCCCAAGGACAUCCAGCUGGCCCGCCGCAUCCGCGGGGAGAGGGCGUAAGAAGGCUCGUGAGUGCUACGCUGAACCCAAAGGCUCUUUUCAGAGCCACCC